AUGAAUAAACCUAGCCCUUAAAAACUAUAAUAAAUUGAUAUAGAUAAAAUAUAGUUACUCACAAAUAUUGAUAAAACACAUUAAUCCACAGUAUCCAUUAACCUAAUAAAAUACGAAUCGCAAAUAAUGGUCUAAAAAGUAAAUUAUUAAACAUCAUAUCAAAGAGUAUAUUACUCAGCUCUUUACAGACUCAACAAUAGAUUUAGCAUUUGCAUAAUGAAAGAUAAGCUUUGCAGGAGCUUGAUUACCCAUCAAUUAAUAAAAUGUAAUAAACUCUUUAUUACUAUAUUUUAGUAUUGCUACUAAGAAGGAUGACUUAAACAUUCAUUUAUUUUUGAAAUUCGAAAAAGGAAUGCCAUUACAUAAAUUAUUAAGAAACGUAGGUAAAAUUAAUAAAAAAUUUUCUACUCUAUUUUUUAUUCAAAUAUUGAUCACUUUUAACUAUCUUCAUGAAAAUGGUUGGCUUUAUAGGGAUUUAAAGGCUUCUAAUGUGAUCAUCACUUAAGAAUUUAGAGUUAAAUUAAUUGAUCUUGGAAUGGCUAAAAAAAUAGAAAAGGGUAGAACCUCAUCAAUUUGUGGUACAAUUCAUUCAAUGCCACCUGAGGUUAUAAAAAAUGAUGGAUACGAAUAUGAUUAUUCUUUUGACAUCUACACGAUAGGCAUACUGUUUUAUGAGAUGUUGGUAGGAAAACCUCCUUUUGGAAUGAAUGAAUAAGGCUUAGAAUAAAGAAUUUUAGAAGGAAUUAAAGAAGAUUAAUUAUCAGUAAUAGAAGACAUUAAAAUAAGAGAAUUAUUAAAGAAUCUUUUAUCUCAUAAUCCAAAAUAAAGACCAAAUUGUUAGUAGUUAUUGUAAGAAGAAUUUAUUCUAUAAAAUAAUUAUGAUGAGAUUAAGAAUUUUAUGGAAAAGGAGGAAGCAAAUCUAAAUGGUUACAAGUCUGAUUUAUAUGACGAAGAGAUAUGUAAUAGUAAUUAUUUAUUCUUAGAUUUAUAUUGUACAUAAUUUGCUUUCAGUGAAAACGAUAACAAUGAUUUUGACUUUUGAUUUAUUCUUG